AGAAACCUGAAUUUAUAUGGCAUCGAGUCGACUCUUGCAUCAGCUUGAAUUACUCUUUAUAAUUCUCAGUACGUAUUUGCAAACUUUUCAAUGCUUUCAAAGGGUUGGGUAAGGUGGUAUACGUGUUAAAGUACUGGAUUUAAUUGUAUAAUGUACAGGAGCGGGGUUUAUAAAGUUAUUACUGUUAUGAAGGAGGUCAGGAAGGCAGGUGAACAGCCUCCAAGUGGAAAUGAAGAGAAUUUACAGAAAUAGUUACGUCUUAGGUUAUGUCGAUGAUGACUCAAGAACCUCUCUUCCGUGAUAUUUUGUUCUGUCGCAGAACUUUAAAAUACUGAUACUUUUUAUUUAGCCUUGAUAUAAUUUUUUUCAUUGACUUCGUAAGAAUUAAGGGUCUACUUAGGGAAAUUAAAGUAUAAAUAAUAAGUAUUAGGAAAUAUAUUACAGUAAGAUGUACUUUAGGCGCACACUUUCGAAUGAUGACCUAAUCGAGAGUCUUUCUAUGUGAAGUUAAGUUUCUAUAAAGUAUUUUACGUAUUUUUCAUUUAGUAGGUUUGGCAUUUUGCAACGUAUGUAUGUACAUGUACGUUCAUGUUUAACGACUAAAUUAAACCUUGUGGUACUAGUUAGAUACCUGUUGCGAAACAGAACUAUUUCCAGCUUGCAUAAACGUAAUUAAAUUCUUAAUGUUAACGGUACAUAGACAUAUAUUCACACGACUUGUCACUGAUCGGUUUACCUUUCACCUUCCGAUUGGGAAUGACAAUUUUGUGGCAAAACGAUUCGACCUUCUACGACUAAAUAUAAGUAUUACAAUAUCCUCGUAACUAUUGAAAGACUUAAUUUAUGCGACUGUAAAACAGUUCUUCGAUUCGUUAAUUUGGGGUCUCUCAUAGCUUCUCUAAGGGAUAUUUUUAAGAACAAUAUCGUUCCUCCUUUACUAGCUAGAUAAGAAACAGUUCGUUUGGUUUUUGCAAUUUUUGUAAACGCACUUGACAAUUAUAUAUGUGUGUAUGGAAUUCCAUUGUUCCUUUCUUUCCUGGUCGUCGAAUUAGCAUUAUCGAGAGUAUAGGAAUUUUCUGGUUAGAGAAAACACUAGGGUGACCUUGUCUUUUUGGUAAAUUUCGCGAAUCGCCACACCUGGAAGACGUCGUCGGCUUUCCUUUGUCUUUGGGACCUAGCAUAAGAUUCGUUAAAUCGCCUCGUGAGAAAAAUUUGAGCAGUGCGAUGAAAUGCAGGCGCAAAUUGUCGAGUGGACGAAAGAGUGCAAAGCCAAAUCGUUAAGUGAUUAGAAGAAAGAUCAUCGAUCAAGAUGGACCUGUACCUGUCGACCUACCGCAAGGACUACCUCUGGCCCUGCAUUAGGAUGCAACCUGCGAGCCAGAAGUCAAGCUUUCCCACCACCGAACAAUCUGUACUGCGAUUCAUUUUAUCUCAUACACAUCAUAUUGACAAACCGUUGUAAUGCCGUAAGGAGAAAAAGUUCUCUCGUGUCGUAUCAUGCAUCUGCGGUGCAGAACCAGGAGAACACGUGCUGUCAGAAAAGUGUGAAACUUUUGGAAAAAGUCUCUCAAGGGAACCAGCUACGCAAGUCGAAGAGUAUCCUGUGAGAACUGGUCCCAGCCCGGAAGCAGAAGCUACUAGGUUCGAUCAACCUAAUGCCUAUAUGAAAAAGAUUCAAGAAAAAUAUCCAUAUUUGUACGACAUCCUGAAAAGCAGUCCUCCGGAAGACUUGAUGCAACGGGUUAACAAGGCUCGCAUGAGAUCCACUUAUCAAACGGACUACUGCCAUGACCAAUUAGAUCGUGCAUUCGAGGACCAGGAGGCUGCACCAAGAGAAGGCCCCGGAGAUUCGCUGCGAGAGCCAGAAUGUCGACCUCACGUGAAACCUAAAGACAAGCAUUCUCGAAGAACUCAAUCCCAAUGUGACAAGGAUGAGAAGAAAAAAAGUAAAAACUCUGGUGCAUGGGACGACGAAGGGAUCGGCAGGAAGACUCCGUUGCCACCAUGGAAAAGCGAAUAUCAAGACGUCAUCGGAAAGACAGGAUAUGCUAUCAUAAAGGACAAAAUACACCACGAGGGAAACGCUUUCAAAAUCAAAGUUCUAGGAAAAGUUCCGAUCCGGUGUCCAUAACCACGUGCCACGUAGU